AUACUAUGUGUAUUUCUGGUGAUAGAAGUUCACUCUCGAUCGACGUGGUUCGGAAGUCACGUAGGCCGUUGGUCCCGUUGCUGAAUAACCACUGGUUCCUUGUAACGUAAAAACACCAUACAAACAAACAAACUAUGUAAGACUAAAAAAAUUGCAGUAUAUUCUUGUGUAUUUACUUCAUGCAUUGGUCUGCUUUGCAGUAUACAUCAUAAUACAUGACAGCGGUAUACAACUGAAACCUUUUUUAAUCUGGAUAAAUUGUGUAUUGAGCAUUAUUGACAUGUAUGUAUAUAUUAUCUUGCAAAGAGGUCUAAUGGACUUCUAGGUUGGUUAUUUGAUGUCAUUGCAAAUUAUUAAAUUUUCGUUAUUGUUACGGUGAAAUUCGUCACCCACGAAGACAUUUAGCGAAUUACGGUAACAACUGACAUUCACCAAUAUUCAAAAUAAAAAAAAAUAUAUAUAUAUACAACAUACUCGAAAAAAUUAAGAGGGAAAACUAUAGUGCUUCAGUUUGUCACUAGAUGACACUUCUGCUCCUUGAUACUUGAGGAUCCUUGGAAGAAAGUUUUUUCUCGACUGUCAAGAAUGAGCUUUAUUCAGUCGAAGGCUAUGCAACCCUGUUUUCGAUCUCAAGAUUUCUAGUUUUAUUGUUUUAAGUGUACUCCUUGUUAAGAUCGUGAAAAUGAAUUGUUUUAUGGUUAUACUAGUUUUAGGCAUGGCCACAGCUAAACCAAGCAUGGAUGAUGAAUCUUCUGUAAAAAUGAAUGCGGCAGAGGGGGGACAUGGUUACUCCAUGGGGAAGGAAACGCUAGAUGACGACGACGAAGCUACAGUGUCUGUGGAUGAUGGCUGGAAUGCUCUGCCCGAUAAUGAUCACCAUGCUAACGUUGAAGAUGGAGGAGGCUCUGACUCCUCUUGGGAUGCUUUAGAAGUGGGUGAUGAUCAGGGUGUGACUGCAGAUUAUUACCAGAGUUUUAUGGUGGCUGAAAUGGCCGAUAUUCUCAUGGAUUCGCCUCUAAAUGAAGAGGGUGCUGAGGGACGGUUUUUCUUGUGCAAGAAGUGCUUAAAGAAGUAUGUGAAGUGCAAGGGCAUCUGCAGGAGUCUUUCCACGAUUGAUGGCCAUUCAUCAGAUAUGGUACCUUGCAGCACCACAUGUUUGCAGAGAUUAAGUGCAUGCUGCUUCAAAACAUUCAGAGCAACCAAAGAAACCAUUGGGAGUGGAAUCAAUUAUUUGUUUAGAAGGAAGCCAAAUACGACGACCGAAACUCCGAAUCCACAGGUUUCUGCAAGUCAAACUGCACAGGAUGCAGAAGGUACUACUUAUACCCAGGUUUAUGCGAACCCUUAUCAACCGGGCGUUGGUGCCAAUUUCUUCCAAGGGGCCUUCAACAAAUUUAAUCAGGGCUCUGGGCCUGGCUUCUUUCAAAACCUGAGACAACCAUUUCAGCAGGGUUCAGGAGGAAGCUUUUUCCAGGGUAACAAAAACCCUUUUCAGUGGGGAAUGCCCAAUUUUCAGGUAACCCAUCCAUACUUUGCCUUUCCUGGCUUCCCAAAGCCUACUCCUGUGUAUGGGAACGAUGGUUCACCAACAGUGGUGGUCACUUCAACUGUUCAAGUAUUAGUGACAACUUGCCAAUCUAACACAGACACUACGACGUUAGUCUCUACAGAAACGAGCCAACUUUCCAGCGAGAUCACAGAUCCUAUUACCAGUGCUGUAAUAACUGAGAGCUCUGAAAUGACAGAGAGCACACACAUGCCAGAUCCAAUUUUGGUGACUGAAACUAUACAUCCAGGCUAUGGUCUUCCCAGUAAUUAGAAUUUAUCCUUAAUCCCUACAAGAAAGAUGUAGUGGCUUUCAGAAUCCUUGUGAGGUCCUUACCAAAGGUACUGUGUAAAUUUUUUAAGAAGCUGAAAGUUAAGAUCUUAAAUCUUGUACACAUGUAAAUAAACUAAUUAACUUUU